AUGAUUCAUAUAGAAUUAGGCCCUAGUACAAUAGUAGGAAUAGGGCUUAUUGUAGUAGGUAUACUUUUAUAUGCCCUUCGAAUAAGGGAACCUAAUGUAUCUAGAGAUUAUGAUUCAUUUUUUUCAUCAAUUGGAUUAUUAUGUGGAGGGAUUCUUAUUUUUCAAGGUUGGCGAUUAGAUCCAAUUCUUUUAUUAUCACAAAUACUUUUAAGUGGAACUGCCAUUUUUUUUAUAGUAGAAAGUUUAUACUUACGGAAUAAUAAAUUAAAUUUUACUAUUUUUUCUAAAAAAAAUAAUAAUUAUUUUAUUUCACAAAAAAAAAACUUAAAGAAAAAUAAAAAUUAUCAAAAAAUAAAAUUAAAAAAAAAAUUUUAUAAAGGGUGGGAAAAAAUUGAUUAUACUUUUUUUAUUUCUUAUACAAAUUAA